UUUCUCAUUUCCUCCUAGCUUGCACAUUUCUCUCAGCUCACUCACUAGCCCUUUUUUGCUCGCCAUCGACGGCUCAUUUAGGCAGACGCCGUGGCUGCUGCUCUUCCUUUUCCUCCAUUCCGUCACCUGCCUCCGCCCGCGACGCGCCGAGGCGACAUUAUCAACGACGCGUAACUUAUCGGCGCGCGGAAACAACCGUCGGCUGGGGAUGCGUGGGACGAACGGGACGAAUAACUCCAUGGCCGCUUGAGAAAUACCGCGUCGUUGUUCCUACCGUCAAGUGCCGCGUCAAGGGUCCCUUUCCGGCCAGAAUUUCUCCAGUGAGGGCCCCCCGAAACGCCAUCCCCGCGGAGCUUCGCCAACCAAGCAACCGCACGCGCAUCUCUCCGCUCUACGCGCUCAACUCGCUGCACUCAACUCGCCACGCUCUGCGCUGCGCGCGAAACGCCGUGAGCCCGAGCCUUCCUAACCGGCGUCGAGGAUCUCAGCUUCGACACCCUCGGCGCUCUCCGCGCUCCCGUUGGCGACCUCGGCGCUCUCGGCGUUCAUCCCUCCGCGCUCAGGCAGAUUCCGCUGUCGCUUAGCGGAAGUGGCGGUCAAUUAAUGACGAAACCGACGGUCGUUUGACGGCAGAAUCGGCGGUCCUUAGCCGCGGAAUUCGGUGGUCGCUAAGCGGAGGAAGUGGCGGAAUCGGCAGUCAUUUAGUGGCGUAAUUGGCAGUCAAAGUGGCGGAAUCGACGGCCGUCUAGCCGCAGACUCGCGCCGGCGAAAUCAGCGGAUAUUUAGCGGCGGAAACGGCGGUCAUUUAGCGGCGGAGUUGGCGGUCGUUUAGCGGCGGAAUCGGCGGCCGUUUAGCGGCGGAAUCGGCGGUCUUUUAGCGGCGGAAUCGACGGCCGUCUAACCGCAGACUCGCGCCGGCAAAAUCGGCGGUCGUUUAACGGCGGAAUCGACGGUCAUUUAGCAGCGGAAUCGACAGUCGUUUAGCGGCGGAAUCGGCGGUCGUUUAGCGGCGGAAUCGGUGGUCGUUUAGCGGCGGAAUCGGCGGCCGUUUCGCCGCCCAAUCGCGCCGGCGACAUCGGCGGUCAUUUAGCGGCGGAAUCGGUGGCCAUUUAGCGGCGGAAUUGGCGGUCGUUUAGCGGCGGAAUCGACGGCCGUUUCGCCGCAGAAUCGCGCCGGCGACAUCGGCGGUCAUUUAGCGGCGGAAUCGGCGGUCAUUUAGCGGCAGAAUCGGCGGCUAUUUAGCGGCGGAAUCGGCAGCCGUUUCGCCGCAGAAUGGCGCCAGCGACAUCGGCGGUCGAAAAGCGGCGAAGCGAUUCGCAACGAUGACGCGCCAUCCUGAAGCGCCGGUCUGCCAUGAGCGGCGACGGUCUUUCUGCAGCUCCCAGUGAAGCUAAGUCCAUGGCCCCCCGCACUCACACCCUCGCUGCUCGCCAUGGUUUGCCCAUGCGCUAUGCCUUUGCUAUUCGUACCAUGCAUCUCACUCAUAUCUCCCGUUUCCCGCUUCCCCCACCUCUCCCCCCCUCCCCCUCCGCCCAUGGCACCGGGCGCGUGAGCCGCUUGCGUAGCGCCAUAGCUGUGUGUCGCUAGUGGGUUAGACCAGUCCUGUCUUAGUUGCAUGCGCGCAUGCAUCGCGUUGGUGUCUUUCUUCCAUCUCCAAGCCCCCUCCCCCCCUGCGUCCCCCUCCCUGCUGCCGCUGCUUGCUCGUGCCUCUGUGCCAUGGGCGACCCCCCUCUCCCCCCCCCCGUCCUCCCCACAGUUGCGUUUCUGCCUGCUCGCCCUACCAUGCGCGUUCGGGCCAACAAUUCUUGGCUCCGUGGUUUCACGCACUGUCAAUGCGCUCUGCCCACCUCCUCCCCCCUUUCCUCCUCCCUUCCCUCCAGAACGGCAAAGGGCAGCAAAGGGCGGGUCAAGGAAGGCUCCUCUGCCCGUCCUCUGCUUGUUGCGCUGAGGCUGUUUCCGCCCUGCUCCUCGCCUCACUUUCUGUCUGCCCGCCCCCCUUCUCCCCGCCCACAGGUUGCUGGUACGCAUGGGGCGCAAGGGGAGUGACGAGCACCUGGCAGGAGGCAGCAGAUUCUGGUGGCUCCUCUGUGCGUCAACGCCUCCUUUGAAGCUAAGUCGUGCUGGCCCACCGCAUGCACAUCCCCAUGUUGCAAUUCAUGCGCGCUGCGUGAGAAGUCUAUUUCUGAGGCGCCUCAGAAACCAUGCGUGAGGCGCCUCAGAAACCAUGCAUGAGGCGCCUCAGAAACCAUGCGUGAGGCGCCUCAGAAACCAUGCAUGAGGCGCCUCAGAAACCAUGCGUGAGGCGCCUCAGAAACCAUGCGUGAGGCGCCUCAGAAACCAUGCGUGAGGCGCCUCAGAAACCAUGCGUGAGGCGCCUCAGAAACCAUGCGUGAGGGUUUUGGGGAAUGGGGAUGUUGGGAUGGGGACAGGGGGAUGAGAUAUGGCGGAUAGACAUAUGGGGAAUUGGGAUACUAGGGAUAAGUGUCUAGGGGAUAGCGAUGUAUGGGGUAGGUUGAGUGUAGGGAGAAGGGAGGGGCCUAAAAUUCCCGGGGUAGGCUGAGUGUAGGGCAAAUGGGGUGGGCUAAAACCCCCAGAAUAAGUUGAGUGUAGGGCAAAGGGAGGGGGCUAAACCCCCAGUGUGAGUUGAGUGGAGAGCAUUGGGAGAGGGUUGAUUCCCUCAGGGUGAGAUUUGCGUGUAGGUUCAAGGGAGGGUCUGGUCCUCCCAGAGGAGGUUGAGUGGAAGGCAAAUGUACCUUGAGUUACAGCUUCUGGUUUUACGCUGUAAGUCGAUGCACCUGUUUCGUAGCAGGAGACUUAUAUUCGAACCAAGAGGGAGAUGAGGACAACAGUGAUAAGGAUACACGGAUGGGAUGGCCAUCACUUCACUACAGGUGCUGCUCAAAUCCUUUUGCCUUUGGUAUGCACGAUUAUAUACGUACUUGCAUGGAUACCUUUUGGGACGCUUUUC